AUAUUGUCCCAAUAUAUGUUUGUUCUGCGUCAAGUGUCAACGACGUCAUCACUACCUCAUCCCGUGACCACUUCUGUACAGGUGCCCAAGUACAGUGAACUGCAGGGCCCAGAGGCGAGUACAGUGAAGGCCAUGUUGAACAAGCUAGUGGUCGUCAAGCUCAACGGUGGCCUCGGCACCUCCAUGGGCUGUCAGGGGCCCAAGUCCAUCAUCCCAGUGCGCUCCGACCUCACCUUCCUCGACCUGACCGUCCAACAGAUCGAGCACCUCAACAAGACUUAUGGCUGCCGGGUCCCGCUCGUCCUCAUGAACUCCUUCAACACUGACGAAGAGACCAAGAAGGUCAUCCGCAAGUACCAGGGAUUACAGGUGGAUAUGUAUACCUUCAACCAGUCCACGGUGCCGAGGAUCAACAAGGAGUCCCUCAUGCCCAUACCCAGGACCUGCGCUGAGGACGACAACCUUGAAGGGUGGUACCCGCCUGGUCACGGGGACUUCUAUCAGUCGUUUUACAACUGUGGUCUGCUGGACUGGUUCAUCAGUCAGGGCAAGGAAUACGUCUUCGUGAGCAACAUAGACAAUCUGGGUGCUACAGUCAACCUCAGCAUCCUCAACUUCCUGCUCGGAGGUCAGCGCGCGGGUCAGUGCCACUUCCUGAUGGAAGUCACCGACAAGACCAGAGCUGACGUCAAGGGAGGAACGCUCAUCAAGUACGAAAACAAGCUUAGACUCCUGGAGAUAGCACAGGUACCUAAAGAUCACAUCGAUGACUUCAAGUCAGUCAAAACCUUCAAGAUCUUCAACACAAACAACUUGUGGAUUAAACUGAAGG